AUGGUUGGUCCUCGUUUUGAACAAACUGAUCUUGAUGUUCAGCCGAAUACUGCAGCUGCUAUUGAAUUGAUCGCCGAGGAACCAAUUCACUAUGUAGAUGGCAGAGUUGCCGUUUGCCACGGAGGUGGAGGUCCGCUAGGUCAUCCUCAAAUAUACAUAAAUUUGGAUCAGCCAGGUUCUCACGCUUGUGGAUAUU